CAGCGGCUACAUUGUGUCUCCACUGAUCAGCUGUGCAUUCAAAGAGAGAAGCAGCGACGGGCUCAGGCAGGCACGAUCGUUUCCGCGGUGUGUUUGGCAAAAUUGAUAGCCCUUCUCUCUUUUGUUGUGUUUCAUUUAUUUAGAAAUCUGGUGAAACGGAAAAGGGUAAGGCCCGUCCCACUGUGAAACAGAUUUUUUUUUUUUUUAUAUAAAUACCAUCAUUUUAUUCGUCUUUUUUUUUGUUCCGUGUAGAUUACAAACAGAAACAACGGUAGACUUGCAAACAAACAAAAAAAAGCUUUUCAUUUUAUUCGUGUUUGUUUUUUAUCUGUUUUUCUCGUUUUCUUUAAACAUACAAGCGCGUUGGUAUUUGUUAUUCAGCAGUAAUAGUAACAGUGCAAUGGCUCACCGCGGACAGUCCGUAGCAAGUUCUCAGAAAGCCCUGAUGUUGGAGAUGAGGAGUCUGCAGGAGGAGCCAGUGGAGGGGUUCAGAAUCACUUUAGUGGAUGAAGCGGAUUUGUAUAACUGGGAAGUGGCAAUUUUCGGGCCCCCGAACACGCACUACGAAGGCGGAUACUUUAAGGCUCGUAUUAAAUUCCCGGUUGAUUACCCCUACUCUCCACCAGCUUUCAGAUUCCUGACCAAGAUGUGGCAUCCCAACAUCUACGAGAACGGCGACGUGUGCAUCUCCAUCCUCCACCCCCCAGUGGACGACCCUCAGAGCGGAGAGCUCGCUUCGGAGAGAUGGAACCCCACCCAGAACGUCCGGACCAUCCUGCUCAGCGUGAUCUCCCUCCUCAACGAGCCCAACACCUUCUCCCCAGCCAACGUGGACGCGUCCGUCAUGUACAGGAAGUGGAGGGACAGCAAGGGGAAGGACCGGGAAUACGCAGAGAUUAUCAGGAAGCAGGUCCUGGCGACGAAGGCGGAGGCGGAGCGGGACGGGGUGAAGGUGCCCACCACACUGGCAGAGUACUGCGUGCAGACGAAGGCACCGGCGCUGGAUGAGGGCUCUGAUCUCUUCUACGACGAUUAUUACGACGACGAGAUGGACGAGGACGAGGAGGACUGCUGCUACGUCGAGGACGACUCCGGAACGGAGGAGUCGUGACGCCGGCCGCCUUUAGAAUAAAAAGAACGAACUGAAACGGACAGACUCGCACGCAAAAAAAAAAACUAAACAGCAGCAACCUUUUUAUUUGUUAUGUUUUUUUUUUUGUUUUUUUUUUAAAAGGAAACGACAAAUUUUGGAUUUAAAAACACAAACCACUUUUUAUUAUUUAAUUGAUUUAUUUCCCCCCCCCCCCCCCCCCCCCCCCGUCACAACUCCUCCUUGUCGUUUUCUUUUUAAGUUUAUUUAAACACGUGCCUGGGUGACCCCAAGGCUGUGAAACAUCCUUUUUAUAAACGAUGUGAGAUUUCUUUUGCAGGGAGGGCGUUGCUGCAGUACUGUGGUACUGUGUUCACUCUUUUCGCGUCGUCCUGGGAGUCUGACAAUAGCUGCCACACAUUCAGCCCUUUAAUUGCUAAGUGGUCCACAGCAAAACCACGAAAUACUGAGAAUGUUAUGUAGGUCUCUACCUUUUUUAUCCUUCAGACUGUAAGCUUUUAUGUGAGGUUGCUGUCUUGUCUUCGAUUUUGUUUAAAUAGUUUUUGUGUGUGGAUUUUGGGGGUACAGAGAUGAAAUAACCCUCAUGCCCAUCGGAGCUCGGUCUGGGUGCGGUGGGUACGUUUUGGGAUUUGACGACCUGACUUUUCUUUUACAGUCGAACCUGUCUGACUUCUUGUUUUGUAUAUAAGUAACUCUUAUAAGUUGUGUGCUUGGGUGUGUGUGGAAGGGGAUGGUGUUUUCUUAUCUGAGAAGUCAUCCUUGCUAUUUCUUUGUUCUUCUCCCCCUUCCUGCCAUGAACACAGUUCAAUUUGCUUCUCUUGCAGUGAAAACAAUUAUAUUAAGAAUUCCUCAAAUAAGUUCCUGUUUAUUUUUUUUAGCAAAUAACUGACCUCAGUACCACGAACUAACAUCUCAUUAUAAUAACAGUAAUUAUAAUAAUGAAGCCGUGUGUGUUGGGGGGGAGCAGCUAAACGCUUAACGCCUGUGUCCUGCUACUGAGGGAUCUGCUGAGCCUCCAAUAAUCCUGAAAUGACUGCAAACACGCUCGCUUUAUAAUCCACUAGAGUUCUGUGCCCUCCCCCUUUAUAUAUCUAUAUAGAGAAAGUUAAAGGGGUCAUGGUAACACCCCCCAAAGUAAAACAAAACACAAACGCUACCUCCGGCUCACUGUACUUCCACACGGGUGGAGCGGACACCAGUUCACAGGUUCAAACACAGCUUGACUUUCUAAAACCUUCAACAGGUGAAGGCUGUUUGAAUUGAACCCUGUGGCGGUCUGUAGAAAUGACUUGCUUGGGGAUUUCAUUAUUAUUUUCAUCAUUUUUAACAUGUAGGUUCAUCAGUGUUCACGCCUGGCUGUCCUGUUGAGGUGUUCACCUCUUUUUUUUU